AUGCAGCAGCAGAUGGCCGGCCUCGUUCAUCAUCAGGCCACCGGGCCCUACCCUCGGCUGCGCGCCGCCCACGGGAUGGUGAGCUUCAGCUCCGGCCGGGCGCGUCUCGGCAGGAUCACGGCGGCCGCGCGGCCCAAGUACUGCCGGCUCCGGGGUGCCGCUGGCGUCGUCGCCGCCCCCGAGACAGGCGAGACCACCAGCCGCGAGCUGCUCGAUCAACACUUUCGCCCUAGCCACACCGCACCGAGGCAGCAGCUUACCACCGUCACCGUCAGGAAGGACAAGUUUUUCGAGAUCGAGAUGAAGGUGCGCGACGACGAGCUUGACGAGUACGGCGUCGUCAACAACGCCAUCUACGCCAGCUACCUCCAUAGCGGUCGUGACAUGGUGCUUGAGAAGCUGGGCAUCAGCGUGGACUACUGGACAUCCACGGGCAACGCCAUGGCUCUUUCUGAGCUCAACCUCAAGUAUUUUGCGCCUUUGAGGAGCGGCGACAGAUUCGUGGUCAAGGUGAAGCCUGUCCAAAUCAAAGGCGUGCGGAUGAUUGUGGAGCACAUGAUCGAGGCCCUGCCGGAUCGUAAGCUCGUAUUGGAAGGCAGAGCGACCGUGGUUUGCCUCAACAAGGACUUUCGCCCAACUCGGGUAUUCCCGGAGUUGUCAGCAAGAGCCAAGGAAGUCUUCUCGUGCAAGGUUGCCUAA